GUCAGACAUCCCAUAAUGCACUGCAGCAUAUCUUUAAAUCCUAGGAGGGGCAGGGGAGCACCAGUUUUAGAGGUACAAGUGAUCAUAUCCUGCUGGAUCACAAAGCCCCUCAGAAAAUGCAGUCUGAUCCUGGCCCACAACAUGCGGUUGCGGCUACCAGUGGUUUGCUUCUUGUGGGAGAUUGCUAUGAUAGUUCUCUUUGGAAUCUUUGUGCGAUACAACGAUGAAGCUGAUCCCCAUUGGUCAGAAUUCAUGAAGGCACAAAACAUCACCAGUGACAUUCAAAAUGACUAUUACUUCAGAUAUCCUAGUUUCCAGGAUGUCCAUGUCAUGAUCUUCGUUGGCUUUGGCUUUUUAAUGACAUUCCUUAAGAGAUACGGCUUUGGCAGUGUUGCUUUCAAUUUCCUGCUUGCUGCCUUUGGAAUUCAGUGGGCCAUUCUAAUGCAGGGCUGGUUUCACACAUUUAAAAAUGGGAAAAUUCUCAUUGGAGUUGAAAGCUUGAUCAACGCGGAUUUCUGCGUGGGAUCAGUCUGCAUUGCUUUUGGAGCCAUUCUUGGCAAAGUUAGCCCAGUUCAGAUUAUGGUCAUGACCUUGUUUCAGGUCACUCUUUUUGCAGUAAACGAGUGGAUCCUUCUAAACCUACUUCAUGUGAAUGAUGCUGGUGGUUCUAUGACUAUUCAUACAUUUGGAGCAUAUUUUGGGCUUACCGUGGCUUGGAUUCUAAACAGACCAAGACUAAAGCAAACUAAUGACAAAGAGGGUUCAGUGUAUGUUUCUGAUCUGUUUUCCAUGAUUGGAACUCUUUUUCUGUGGAUGUUCUGGCCCAGCUUUAAUUCUGCUGUCUCAUAUCAUGGAGAUGCCCAGCACAGGGCUGCAAUCAACACCUACUGUUCUCUUGCUGCCUGUGUUCUCACAACAGUAGCCAUUUCCAGUGUAGUGAAUAAAAAAGGCAAACUAGAAAUGGUUCAUAUUCAGAAUGCGACCCUGGCAGGAGGAGUAGCAGUUGGUACUGCUGCAGAAAUGAUGCUUACUCCAUAUGGAUCUUUAAUUGUUGGAUUCAUAUGUGGCAUUGUGUCUACCUUAGGAUUUACCUACUGUUCGCCUUUUUUGUCCAAUAAACUAAGGCUCCAUGAUACAUGUGGAAUACAUAAUCUCCAUGCAAUGCCAGGCUUGAUAGGUGGAAUUGUUGGAGCAGUCACAGCAGCAUGUGCAACAGAAGCGGUUUAUACUGCAGAUGGACUGAAAAAAAUGUUUAGAUUUGAAGGUGAUUAUGCUACCAGAACUCCCAGCAUGCAAGGAGGAUAUCAAGCAGCUGGCCUCUGUGUCUCACUUGCAUUUGGGCUUGUAGGAGGCACUGUUGUAGGUUGCAUUCUAAAACUGCCAAUUUGGGGAGACCCUUCAGAUGAGAACUGCUUUGAUGAUGAAGUCUAUUGGGAGCUGCCUGAGGAGGAUGAGGAGGAACACCUUGGGGCUGCCAAUCAAUAUGUCACUCAUUUACCAGAAAAUUUUAAACUACCAGAUAGGACGGAAGUGGCCUUUAAAUGACUUGUUUAACAAAGUUGUAUGAAAAUAUCCACAACGCGGCACUCAUCUUCUGUCUCCUUAUCUUCCUGAAUAACACGCUGGAAUGUUUAGUUCUGAAGAAGCCAUUUUUUUACUCUAUUGUUAAAAAAAAACAAAAAAAAACAAAUAUAUAUAUUUUUUUUUUUUUCUGACCAAGGUACUCUGCUUUACUCAGCAGUGCACAAUCUUUUGGGAUCAAACAAAACUUGUUUGUUUGUUGUUGUUGUUUUUUUUUUUUUUUUUUUGCAAUAUCCCUUAAUGAAAAUGUGAUAAUACCUGCCUUUAAGAACUUUUUCAUCCAGCAAGGUGUUUGAUAGCAUUGGGUGUUGGGAGUUGGGGUUCCAUUGCCCUGACAGCCUUGCUUAAUAACAAGCUGAGCCUGAGCCAUUAAUGCAUGUGCCAUUUUAUUUUGGCCUGAUCUUGCCAAAGAACUCUCUAGAAUCCUUAUAGCACGUUAGCACUGAAAAUCUACCCACUCCAUUGAGAAAGCUGGACAAAACAGCUUGAAAGGCACUUCUCAAAAGCAAGGAAACUGAAUGUGAUUUUCUCAGCCAUAAUUAUUAUCAAUAUAUGGUGUUAGAACUCCCACGUGCAAGAAUUCCUGCGUUUGCACCUGAGUAGGAGGGUAUGAUUUAUACAUUAUAUAUAUAUAUAUAUAUAUUGGCACUGACGUCACAUUUUCAAUAGGAAGUUGAAAAUAAAUGAUAAAUUGUCAAAAAAAAUCUCAAGUCUUCCCUAGGUAGGCCCUACUGUAGUACCUGGAAUGGUCACACUUAUUGGAAAAUUCACUAGGUGCCCCUCCAUUUCACCUAAAUCCUCAAACUCUUAUUUGCUCUCGCAGGGAUCGGGCUACAUAGCUGUACUUGGGCUGAAGCAGUACAUAUAGUGCAGUAUAUCCACACACAUUCAUACCUCUUAUUAUAUCAUCCCUGAUCUACAGUGAGCACUCCUAAUCACAGACUACACCAUUUUGCACAGAACCCUCACCCAUUUUUAGCUACACCCUUCCUAAACAGGGAUAAUUAGAAGGUAUACAUGUUUAUUAAUGAAAUUCUCAAUAUUGCACUUAAUAUUGCACUUAGAACAGCUUUAGGAAAACUCCAUCACCCUCCGCUAGCACCCCUGUCUGCAGGCAGAGACAUUAUAUGAACGGCAUCCUCCUCUCCAUACAUGAACCAGAUUGCUUUUGGCAGAGGGGACUUCAGGUGCCAGUGACAUUUAAGCACAAAUCAGCUAUUUGAAUCUUGGCGUCACUUUCACUUCUAGCAUCUCACUCCUUGAUGGUGUUCUGCAGUGGGACAGUGGAACUUUGGGGAAAAUAUAGGCCUUUUCUAGGGACUUUGGGAAAAUAAAGGCCUUUUCUAUUUCAUUUUUUAAGUGUGUCUUAUUAGCUCUGGAGCUACAUUUGCAUAUUUUAAAUAUUUAAAGUGGUGUCAUUUCUUUUGCCUUGCUAACCUUUCUUAUGUCAUUUGCUUUGCUAAUUAAUUUUGUAAAAUGCUCACUCCUGCAGUAAAGGUCUCGGAUAAGAUUUUUGACAGAUUUAGUGCGAAGAUAGCUAUAAUCCCAGCCAUAAAGCAUGUCAGAACUGCUGCUUUGUGAUAGAAAUAACAGAGAUAUAAAGGUACAAAAUCCGCUGUCACCUUUUCAUCAUUGAAAUAAAUGCAUUUCCCCCACCAAACUACUUUUGAUGUAAUUUUAAUAAAUGUGUAAUAUUGCUCUAUUGCUUUGUGCUGUUUUAUUUAAAUUAUUUCCAGAUGCUUAUCUACCUAGAUCGGUGGUAAAUAAUAGUGAAAUACCUCGUAGCCCCCUGUAACCAUGUAAAUGCUAAAGCCUGUACCCCAUAUAUACUCCAUAACAGUCACAUGUGAUUACUUUAUCACUGCUGCAAAUUUGUCUUUGUAAAGAGGUAUUGGGUCUUUGCUAGAAAACAUAAUAACGCUUGAAAAAAUGCCGAGUGAGGCCUGAAAUGUCACCCGUAUGUUUAUUUUGGCUGAAUAAAAUGAUAACUGAUUUUUGCAAA